GCGUUUAAAAUGUCUCAUCCAGUGUCGUGUUAGACGUAAAUGAAUAAAUAGAAUUUCCUGUUUCCUGGUUGGGGUGUUUUGUUUUGCCUUUCGAUUUUCACAUAAUGGCUGAGGAAGAGGAAGAUCCUGGUUUUGACGAGGAUUUGGACGACGGAGGUAACGGGGCAGAUUCGGGCCAAGGUAAAAGAAAGCGGCUUUUUUCGAAGGAGCUUCGCUGCAUGAUGUAUGGGUUUGGAGACGACCAAAAUCCGUACACCGAAUCAGUGGACAUACUGGAGGAUCUGGUCAUCGAGUUCAUCACGGAGAUGACACAUAAGGCGAUGUCUAUUGGGCGUCAGGGCCGUGUGCAGGUGGAGGACAUCGUCUUUCUCAUCCGCAAGGACCCUAGAAAGUUUGCGAGAGUGAAGGACUUGCUCACCAUGAACGAAGAGCUGAAAAAGGCUCGCAAAGCCUUUGACGAGGCCAAUUAUGGGUCUUAACAACAAUCCCAUCGGUUGCUAUGUGAUUUUGUUCAAUCGAAAGUUCCUUUUGGAUUGUAAUCGCUGCCCUACAAAGCAAAAAGGCAGUAACUGCAUUUUUGGUCAAACAGUUGUUAUUAUCAUUUUCAUGACAUUCAAAGCAUCCUUUAUUAUGUGACAAAACAUCGUAUCUCAAAUGUGUGUCGUUUUAGAGAAAAAUGGUAGUCGUUUGUACAGUAAUUGCAAAAAGUCAGAGUUAUAGUCAUUUUUCUCAGUUCUGCACUCUGCGUAGUUACUGCCUUUUUGCUUUGUAGGGCAUGGACUUGUUGUAACCCUGUUUUUGCAGUUGCAAGACAAUUCACAAUUCAUUUCGAAGAUGAUUUGUAACAACAUUAUAGCGUUUUUUCAGUUGUUGUGCAUUAAAGAUAUAUUAAACCUUUAAUGGAAGACAAGACGUUUAAUUAUCUAAAGAAGCAUUUCUGUACAUCUUGAACAUUUCAAUAGACAUGUCAAUUUCUUAUUUAAAAGAUGACAUGACAUCUUUCAUAACAGUUUAGCUUAUGCUAAUAUUAAUUUCUGUUAAAAUGAUUUGAUUUGCUACAAGAUACCCUUCAUGAAAUGAGAAGAUCAGAGGGUGUCCUUUACAAUGAAGAUACAUUGUGUGUAUAAUUUAAUAUUUUGUUUUUAAAUAGUUUUAAGCAAAACAUUUGAUGAAAACUGUUGCAAAUUGAAGGGUUAAAGGAAAGUGUAUAAGGAUUUGAUUUGGUAAACAGUGCCUCGUAGUGUUUAGAAGUAUUAUGAAAUCAUUUAAAAAAUGUUUGCAUUUUGUUAAUAAUUCAAAUAUAACUAAUUGAGAUUUUUUCUUUGGAUACUUUUUGUCACAUUAUAUGCAUUCUAUUUAUAGCUUAGGCAUGAAUGUAUACAAAACACUAAUGCAUGUUGCAGUAUAAACUGGACUAUUAUUAGUCUCAUUCAUUGCUAUUUUAACAUUUGGUCGUUUUUUCCAGUGCAUGUCAAUCAGAGAAAUGAGGAAUGGAUUUAAUUUACCAGCUUUUUACCGUUUCAUUUGCAAAUAAUACUCAGCAGCCAUUGACCAGAUAAACAAGACACAAUUUACUGGUUUCCACACUUGUAGCACACAAAGAUUGUCAUGUUAAAAAUCUAAAUGUGCAAUAGAAAAGCAGAGCCAUUCCUACAGUAUGUCGAGUAAAGCUGAACGGCAUAUUUUAAGUGAAUUAUCGUGUUGAUAUUUGUAAAAGAUUUGAUUUUUGCUUCUACAUAAACAGUGAUAGUCUUUAAUAUAUACAGAAAUUGUUGACUAAUUUGGGUCAGAGACUCUGGAG